CACAUUUAAACUGGAACACAUGAUCAGAUAUAUACCGAUGUGUGGAGAUUUGUUUCUGGCCAAGUGAUCUUAGUGGAGUAAAAUAGUUAGAAAUCUACACUUUCACAAACGCCAGAAUGGGGAACUUUAUUCUAAAUGGACUUGGAUUUCUUAUAAUUACAACAUCAAUACAAGUACAAGCAUUGGACUGUUCGUCAGACAAACGCUGUGUGUGUCGUAACAUUAACGGACAAAUAUGGGCAAAUUGUAAAAAACUCCGUCUUGAAACAGCACCGUCAUUUAGUAGUGAAGUCAUGGGAAUUAAUCUGGCUGACAACAUACUCCCACGUUUUCCUACAAAUCUUCCUUUAAAUAUCCUAUAUCUAGAUGUCUCGAAAAAUAAUCUUAUUAACGUAACAAAGGACUCACUAACCCGAUAUAGUAGGCUGAGAAAUUUAAGUAUUUCGGAAAACUUGCUUCAUACGAUUGAACUGGGUUCCUUUGCAAAUUCUUCAGAUUUAGUGCAUCUUGACAUUUCCGGUAAUCAGGAACUGACUCUUGAGGUUAUGCCGAACAUAUCAAGUGAUUUAAGAAAUUCUUCUUCCAUUCGAGUAUUAAAUUUUGAGAAACUACAGUGUACAUACGGAGUGAGUUUCAUUAUUAAAAGACAUCACACGGCUUUCCUAAAGCAUACACAUUUAGAGGAACUAAACCUGGCUAAUAAUCGAAUCAACAGCCUGGAAUCGGGUGUUCUCACCGAGUUACCAAAGUCACUCAAAUAUAUCAAUCUGGCAAAUAACGUACUCAGUUUUGGGAUUUAUCUGCUAGAAUUUGGCGAUUUAUCUAAUAUUAUUACUAUCAAUGCGAGUUUUCAGUCCUCUUUUCAUCAAAUAGGACUCAUAGAUUUUUUCACAAGCUGCAAAGAUACAAAGCCGGGCCAAUGUGCGAAUUUAGCAGAAAACCAACAUGGGGUAACGACAGUCAAAAAGCAAAUAAAGUUACCUUUACUUACACAAGAAAAUAUAACAGUCUUCCUUCCACCCAACUUAAAAACGUUAUAUUUUCACGAUAAUCUGUACAAAAUGACUCUUCAAAAUUUUGUUUUCAAAUCUGUUAAAACACCUAUGUUGUCAAGAAUUUAUUUUCAAAACAACAUAAUCCAUGAAUUAAAUGGUCCCAUUACCGGCAUCGAAAGUGUUGUUCAUGCAGAUUUCUCUAACAAUUUUUGCAGCUAUAUUUCGCCAAGAUUUUUCGAAGAUUUGAAAAAUAUAUCUUACCUCGAUCUUUCCAAAAAUGCUCUAGGUGAGAAUCUGGAAAAUGAUGUUGAGGGAGAAAUUUUUCAGAAUCUGUUCAUGUUGAAAACCUUAAAUCUAACACGAAACAGAAUUGUACGACUUCCUAUUAAAGUAUUUCGGAACCUCAUGCAACUGGAAAAUCUUAACCUCAGUUUCAAUUCUUUGAGUACGUUUACAGUACCAGUCAGUCAUAUGAAUCGCUUGUCUCACCUUGACCUCUCCAAUAACCAGAUAUCAUCCUUGAGUAGAGAAACAAGAGACAUGUUAGAUGCAAUUUCCCAAAGGAACAUUCUGUCAUUGAACCUGAAGGGCAACGAACUGAGAUGCGACUGUGAGAACUUGGAUUUUGUGAAAUGGAUUAUAAGUUCAAAGAAUAUUAAUUUUCUUCAUUUUGAUGAAUAUGUGUGCUCUUCUUCAAAUUCCUCAGGGAUUCCAUUCUCAGAGAUCGAAAACCGUCUUCAGAUGUUGGAAAAACAGUGUUCCUCGUACACUCUUAUUAUCGUCAUUAUGACGUCAUUAACAAUCGUUGUCUUGACAAUCACCAUCAGCCGUAUUCUUUACAGAUAUAGAUGGAAACUGAGGUAUAUGUAUUAUGUGGCGAGGGAAAAUUAUAAAAUUAAUGUUUACAGACCAGAUGCCCUGCCAAACGCGUCGUAUCACUUUGAUGCAUUCGUUUCUUAUGCUGAUGAAGACAGAGUGUUCGUCAUCAAUCUCGUGAAGCACUUGGAAAGGGAAUUCAAUUUAAGGUUGUGCAUACACCAACGUGAUUUCAUCCCUGGAACAGGCAUAGCAGACAAUAUCACCAAUGCCAUUCAUAAUAGCAGGAAAACCUUCUGUAUUAUUACGUCACAUUUUCUAGAUUCAUACUGGUGCAUGUUUGAACUAAAUAUGGCCGGCAUGGAGACCAUCUAUUCCCGAAAUGGGGAAACUAUUUUGUUUUUGGUUGCGCUAGAGAGAGAUGUCAUGAAAAAAUUGCCAUUCUCAUUCAUGGAUUUGAUCGAAUCAAAAUCGUACAUAGAAUUCCCGGAGGGCGGGGACGACGAGGAAGUAACAGCCUUUAGAUCAAAGCUAGCAGAUACGCUCAGACAAUCGAUUUAGUUCUUUUAAAGGCUUUAGUUUACUUUAAAAAAUCAUGCUUUCGGGCUUGUACAUAACCGACAGUUUUUUCGGAAUGUUACUGAAAUAGUUAUCAGUAAUCCGAUGCUAGAUAUUGGACGUCAUUGUAGAAAAGUUACAAAGUAUUCACGUUACAUGUAUACAACAUUGUAAUAUUUUAGGACUUAACACGUCA